UGCCCGCCAUCCCGCACCGCCAUGGGCCCGAAGCGACCCAAGACCGGCGGGGUCGCCUCGGCGGGGGCCGCGGUUAAGAACUGGGAGGCCGCGCUGGUGUCCGCCCCCCUUGAGGAGGAUGACUGGAAGCCUAGCAUCGCUUUUGUUAUUGGGACCAAAAUUGAGGAUGAAAUCCACACCAAGGCCCUGUCUCUUGCCGUGCAGGUGCCACAGCGGAAGCUCUUCAGCGUGGUAAAGCGUGAAGACAUUUUCAGACAGAUCAGAGAAUCUGGGAAUCAAAAGGGAAAAAAGGCGAAGAAUGUAUCUACGUACUCUGAGGUGAUAGAAGUAGCCAAAGCCAUUCUGGAUAGUGGUGAAGAAAUUCCUGUAACACUAACUGGAAAGCUGUUGAAAUUUGAACUGCUUUGUCUCAAACAGAAGGACCUUCAGAGAAGAGAAGCUGAAAAGAAGGCCGAAGAGGAGCAACAAAAGGAAAAAUAUGGAGGGAAAGAGAAAGCUAAAACCCCUGACAAGAAGAACACCCAUAGUACUACAACAGCCGAGAAAGAGAAGAAAGGAAAAAAGAUGGAAGGAGGCCCUCUAGUACCAGUCAUUGUUAAAAAGGACACCCAACUGAAGCGACGGGGAGAAGUGGAAGAGGAAGACAAAUACAUUAAUGAUGAACCAGAUGAUGGUGCCCAUCAUUACUUUAUAAUUUUGGAUUUCCACAACCCUCAACUGUUGCCUGUGAUGUCUGAUCUUGGGAUUAAUGUUUCAAGUGUAAUUAGAAUUUCUUCUGAGAAUUAUAAACCGUUGCAGACAUACUUGGAAGCAACUAAACUUCAAGGAGAAUCUUUACUUUCACAUGAAGUUGUAGAAGCAGAGAAAAGAAAGACAGACGAAGCUAUCAAAGACCUGGAAACAUUUUGGAAAUACCUGGAGCCAGUUCUGAACAGUGGAAAGCAUGGAUCAAGUCUCUUUGAUGUUGCCAUACUUCAUCACUUAGUUAAGGAGAGUGCCUUUCCCCUGGAUUGGUCUGAUGGAGAAAUGCUGCUUGCACUUGGCACUGCACUGUUUGAAAGCAUUGCUUGUUUGAUGUAUGACUGCCUGGACUGGAGAAGACAGCACUAUAACUACUUGGAAAACACCAAGUUUAUUAAUGUGCCCAUAUUAUCGGAGAGCAAUUCAACACAACCACCUGUAACUGAGGUACAAUCAACAUCACAGAUUACACCUUCAAAGAAAAAAGGGCAAACAGAAGAAAUUCUGCCAACAGUAAUAUUACCACAGGGGGAAGAUUUUUUUUUGGCUCCUUUCGUGGAAAUGAGGUAUUACAAUGACUUGCUGAGUCAGAUUCCUGACGAAUACUUUUCUGUACCCUUAAUGCUGAACUGCAUGUUGGAACAGGUUAUUGCAAGUGAAGAAAACCUUAUACCUCCUAGUCUGGUGGUACCAGAGCCUCGGGCAGAUGGGCUACAUCACACCAUUGCAGAUCAUAUAGCCUCUGUCCUUCCUUCUCUUUCACUUUCUGAGAGUGAAAAAAAGAAUCUAUAUGACUACUUUUCUCCUGAAUACAGUGAAAAAGAGACUGUCACUCCCAAGUAUCCUCUGUUAUUUAACUACCAUGAUACCCUGGCUCAGCGGUUGCACCUGUUGAAGGUCCAGGAGAACUUAAAUCCAGAAAAGAUUGAAUGUGAAAUGAUGGAUAAGCUGCCUCUUAGAGAACUUAUCCAUUUCACCUUUCCUUUAACUGAAAACAAUGCUAAAUGCUUGGCCAGAGUUCAUGAGCUCAUGCAUUAUUGUACCAGUGAAUUUCUGAGCUGGACUGAAGUAGAAAGAGCCUUCAGAGUGUUUACUUUUGAAAGCCUGAGGCUGACUGGGCUGAGUGACUCUGGUCUCCUGCAGAGCUCUGGAUCUAUGGUUGAAGGCGAUUCUGAAGUGUCUUCUAUCCCUUGGGAUAAUCCAACCAAGUUUGCAAGACAGCUGAGACAACUCUUCCUUAUGGAAAAGAAGCUUAAGAGGAAAUCUCCAAGAGGCUCUGGAUAUACAGAAGUGAAUAGCAAAGGUGGAAGAGAUGGUCUGGCCAAUGCUGUUUUGAAUGAAGAAUUGGAUCUUAUUUCUGAUAUGACAAAUGUGAGUCUGGAAAAUUAUGGCCUAGGACCAAACUUGGAAGAAGAAAUAAAAAAGACACAGAGGCGUUGUUUGACAGACUGGAGUUUUGCUGAGCAUUUUCAACCCCAUGUUCUUCUUCAGGUUCUUCAUACUGCAUCCCAAGAAUAUAGAUGUAUUGAUUCCUUUCAUCAUACCCAAGAUAAUUCUUUGCUAAUGGUUCUUCACAAUCCUAUGAAUCCGUAUCGUUUAUGCCAAGAGACUUGGGAUAUUGCAUUGCACUCUAAUGUUGGAUUCAGGAGCUAUCUUGAUCUGGUGGCCAACUCAGUUGAAGACUGGGUGAAAGGGGAGGAAGUCAAAUACCAAGAAGAGAAGAUGGCUAAGAAAAUAGAAUCUCUUAAACUAGAAAAAGCCAUGGCAGAAGGACCUUUGGGAUUGUCUGCAUGUGCUGUCAAAACACCUGGCUUCCCUAAGAAAGCCAACAGUGACACAUCAAGACCUGAGAGCGUUACAGAGACUAUUCCAGAAUCUCAGUCCAACAAUGAAGAAAAUCCUUUUAUCAGAGAAGGUUCUCUAAAGGCUUGGAAGAAAGAGCAGGACCGAUUACUAGAGGAAGCAAAACAUAAGGAAGAAAAAAAAGGAAAAAAAGAAAACUUGGGAGGUAAAAAGAAAGGACAGGAGGUAAUUGAUGAAGAAAGUAAAGGUUCCAACAAGGAAUCUUCCAAAGAGAAGUUUAAAGAUGAGCCAGCAAAAGCCCCUGAACUUGAGGAGAAUCCCAGCAUCCCAGAACCACAUUCUGAGAAAGUUUAUAAGUUUCUUGGCUACAACACAGGGGAGGAUCUCAUUCAUGUAUCAGGAACCAAUCAAUAUCUUUUCCCAUCUGAUGGAGGACAGAUUCAAGUAGAGAAGAUAGAGUUUGUAAAAGGUCUAACUUUGGUAAAGGUGAAAGUGAUAAAAGACAACCACAAUUUCUUCAUUCAUAUCACAGACCCCAAGAAAAACUUAAAAGAAAUUGAAGUGCAUGCAAUCAAUGAAGAACAGAAAAUUAGAUCAGGAAAAUUGAAAAAUCAGAAGAAAGCUGUGAGCAAGUUUGGAUCUUUUUCAGCCACCUUGGAAAAUGGAAUCCAGCUGUCUCUGAGUUAUUAUGGACCUACAGGGAAGACAGCAGAUGAUGAAAUAGAUCCUGUUCUUUCAAGAAUUCUGAACAUCCCUUCUGUUCACAUUCCGACUGUAAUUUCUCCUGUUACAUCAGCUUCAGGGAAAAAAGAUAAGUCCAUCAAACAAAAAUCAGGAAAAUCUCUAUCAUCUACAAAAUCAACUCAUAGCAAAAUAGACCCUCCACCACCUGAUGACCUGGUAGAGCAAAAAAAUGGAGAGGUGGAAAUGGAGGAAUCAGCUUUACAAACACAAGUGAUGUCAGAAGCUCUCACUUUCCCAAGUUUGAAUGUCUCCUGUCCCAAUGGACUAGUAUUAACUUUCCUUGGUGAAAAUUUCAGAGGUGAAGCCGCUACAGCUGAAGCUGAGGAAAAGGUCAUAAAGAAAAGCAAGUCCAAAGCAGAAGAAGCCAAGGAUGAGGAGGUUGAGAAAAGUGAGGGCAGAACAAAUGAAACAAAGGCGGAAGAGGUGAUGGAAAGUGGAGAGAAGGCACGUGAGGUUACAGAAGGUGAAAUAAAGCACAAAGACACCCACAGAGAACAGGCCAAGCAGCCUACUCUGGAAAUUCUGGUUAGGCAAAGUUAUCCCCAAAAGGUAAAGAACUGUCAUCUGUAUACAUCUGUGGCAAGGCAAACAGAACAAGAGGUGUCAAGAGUCAUCACCAGUCAAGGAACUGUCAUAAAGUACAUGAUGGAUGGAUCUAGCCAGAUUCUGUUUGCUGAUGGCACAACGAGUAGGAGUCCUGAUUCUGGUCCUGUCCUACCACCACCUACAAUUUCAGAUAACAUGCAACUGUUACCAGAAUCAGAGCCUUCACCUGAGACCAGUGCUAAUAAAGGAAGAGGCAGUGACAGAAACAGCAUAUCACACCCAAACAAGGACAAGUUGUUUCAAAAUACAGUGCAGAGUUUGGUUAAUUCUGAGCAACCUAAGGAGAACCGGGCAGGAACCUGGAUAACAACUACUCCAUCAGGCAUUCGAGUGGGCACUGAGGGAGCAAAGAGAAUGGAUCUGAAGCCACUCUUAAUCUACCAGGCAACUGACCCAGCUGAUGGAACGGUUAUGACUGUACGAGAUGAUGACGUGAUAAUUGUUGAGAAGCUGGAUGGCAGCAGAGUGGUAGAUCAUGCUGAUGGUACUAGGAUCACAACUUUUUAUCAAAACUGUGAAGAACUUUUUGUACCAGAGGAUAGUGAGAAAACAGAUAAACCCUUGGAAGCCAUCACAAGGAAGGUGAAAUGUGUACAAGUAGAGAAUCCUGAGUUUGCUACUGUGACAACAAAUUGUGAGGAUGGUACCUGUUGUACCAUCUUUGGAGAUGGGACAUCUGUUAUAGCAAAGCCACAGGGAACAUAUCAGGUCUUACCUGUCAAGGCAGGUUCUCUUUUCAUUGAUGAAGACUGCUCAGCAGUUUAUACCCAUGAAGUUUACGGUUUCAUCAGCGAGAAAGAAGAGAAACAAGCAGGGAGAUACAUUAUGAAACACACUUGCAGCACUAUUUGUGAGAUGAUGGAUCCUGAAGGAAAUCUUUUCAAGGUCAUGGCUGAUGGCAGCACAUCUGUGUGUGUUCCUGGCAUUGGCUCUGAUGACAAGGAAGACAGAAGUUCAGCAUCAGUAAUCCCAGAAGUUAACAUACCCAUCACUUAUGAUGAACAUGUUCCCAGGUUCUUCGUCGUCUACGCAGAUGGUUCUGGAACUGAGCUCCUGCGGAGCAGGGAUGUACACAAAUAUCUUGCCGAAGUCGCUGGUGAUCCUGCUGCUGCUGUCUUGCAGGAUCCUGUACAAGAAUGUCCAGGUGUUUUAAGUAUUACUAUCCUCCGCCCUUUGGCUGAAGCCUCCCCCUGGGUAAAGAAGAAAGAACCAGAAAGUAUUGUUCCUCCAAAUCUUCAGUCAAGGACCCGAGACACAUUUUCUCCUCCCGAGAGAAAGACGACAGGACCCUCAGUCAGAACAUGGACUUGGAGGGGUCUCUGCAUUGGAUCCAAAGAGCAGACAUGCUUGCCAGCACCUGUGCGAAAAUGUCCUAAUAAACUCCAAAUCCGCCAGCUAUUCCAGUAUAAGCCACUCAGUGAUGAACUAAGAGAAAAGCUGCAGCUUUCCCUUAAGGAAUAUUUAGACAAUAUUUUAAAGCAGGAAAAUGAUCUGGAAGAGAUGAAUGUAAAAGAACGAAGAACAGAAGAGGAAAAGCAGAAUGCUGCAAGUCUCCUUGAACUGCUUACGUCCUUCCCGAACUGGGAGAAGUCAACUGAAAAUCUCAAUGACAGAGCUCACGUAACUGAGCUGUAUGAACAGGCAGUGGCUUCUCAGCACCAGUAUCACACAGAGAAGACAAUCACUGUGCAAAGAGAGGACCAACAGCAGAGGUUCAGCCCAGAAGGAGUAACACCAGUGUCCAAGUGGCAGAGCAGACUAGAAGAGCACAGGAAAAAACUUGAUGAAGAAAAGAAGUCUUUAAUGGCAAUGAGAAACAAAAUAAUCCCUCCAUAUUUUGAAUCAGAAUUCAGCAAGGAGUUUUUCCUAAAAAAGUUUCCUGAUGUGGAAGCACUGUCUAUGGAACUUCCUCCAGUUCAAAAAAAAGGAAGUGGGAAUUUCCCUCUAGAGAUGAGCAAAAAACCCAGUAGAGCAUCUGAAUGUCUCAAUACCAUGAGUGAUUCCUCACCUUCAUCUGGCCUUCUGCUGCAGGCUCCUUCCAAACAAAAUGAAGGUUCCAGCAGCACAACAGACCUAAGCAAUGCUGCAAGAUCACAAGAGACACCCUUUCAACGUAAAGUUCAGAGUCUGCUGGUGAAUGCUGCAGGACAGCCAAGGAAAGAGAAAGUGAAAUUACCAUCAUCCCUUCAAGGGAGAAAACCAAACUCCAUACCAAACAAAAAGAUAGAAGAUCCUGCUGCAGGCAAGGUCAACACAUCUUCUCUUGCAACAGCAAGACAGCAUCUUAGUGGCUUCCAUCUUAUUCCAACCAGAGUGACACUCGGAGUCCUAAAGGAAGGCUAUACCUAUGCAACCACCGUGAUCCUGAAGAAUGUUGGUGUGAACUUCUCAAGGUUUCAGGUGAAGCAACCACCUCCACACACAGGACUGAGAGUGAUGUACACACCAGGACCUGUGGCAGCAGGCUUGCAGGUGGAACUGGAGAUAGAGAUUUUUGCCAUGGUAACUGGAGGGGAAGAUACCGAUGGCCUUGAAGAAGUUUCCCAUGAUAUUGAAAUAUUAACAGAAACAGAGACUCUUCUCCUGCCUGUGAGAGCAACUGUGUUCACCAGUGAUGUUUAUGAGUGCCGCCCACAAGGAUUCCCCCAGGGUGGGACAGCCACAACAGUCCGGGUAGUUCCUACAAGCCCCAGGCCACGGUUCCAGAUCACACUACCCCAAAAGCUUUCUAGUUAAUGUCAGAGCCCUAGAAUAACCUGAAGACCAGCAAUACUGAAAUACUGAGUCUUAGUGCGUUAUGGAAACAUCCCAAUGUAACUUUUUCAUUUAUUUAAUCUGAUUAACAUGAAUACGUAUUUUGUCUGUCCCCAGUCAAAGGGAAAAGUGGUCCAAAAGUUGCACAGCCUUCUGACAUGGCUCUCUGAAAUGCAAACAGUGGAAAGAUUACUAUAUUUCAACGCCAAUGUCUGAUACUCUGUCAGAAGAGCCAAAUGGUUCCUAGCAGCUUUACUUUGUUUUCUAAAGGGGUUUAGGUUUCUAUAAUCUGUGCUGAGGCACCUGAAAUCUUUAAGUACUAUGCAUGCAGCAGGUUUCACUGAAGUCAAAUGUGAUUCAAGAAAGAGCUGCUGAUCUGCUCUGGUCUUCCAAUUCCUAAGUUAGUUUGCUUUCACAAUCAUAGGCUUAAUUUUCUGUGUGUUCACCUGCAUUUAAUUAGCUGCAGACACCAGAUGGGAAUUACAAGUACACAAAGUUACAUUUGACAGAGAGGGAUUGACAGGGAUUCUGCUUAUAUCCUCCUCUUCAUCAGCAGACUUGAUCAUCUUCAAAUACUCAUCAGCACAUCUCUUCAUAGUAGAGGACUGAGCCACUUAGAUAUGGCCUUUUUUCCCCCCUUUGUUCCUGCUUACAUAGUAGUGACUAAAAGAAAACAUCUCAGUCUCUCUGCGAGACACCAUAUUUGUAUAUCUAAUUGCCAGCAGUGUGCUUUCCUGUGCUUCAUCCUUUUUCCAGCAUGUGAUAUCCUGAGAGAUGGGGAAUCUUCCUUGACACAUGCACAUGACUUCUCUCAACAAUUUACAGUGUCUGAGAAUCCCAUGAUUGGGUAUUAAAUAAUAGCUUAGACCACUGCAAGCUCAGGUUUGUAAAUCCACGGAGUUUCACUAAGAAAGGGCAAGGUGAGGUGCCCAAGGAUAUCAGAAUUCUAAUGUAUCAGUGGGCACAGGGCAGACCUCUUCCACUUAAAGCAGAUGCUGAGCUCCCUCAGUAUCCGUCCGAGUACUGCACUGAUGUUUUCCACUGCCCCACCAGACAUGACUGUUUGUCCACCAAGCCAUUUGAGUCAGAUCUAACCUACUAACCAAGGCUAAAAGCCAGCUCAGGAAGGUGUUGAACCAGAUACCCAGCUGUGGAUGUUCUUUAAGCCCUGCCCACAGACGAGAAACCACCACAAGAAGCAGUGUCAAGCUUGAUCCAGAAUUCCCCAAUGCCCAAAUGCUUUUCAGUUUUCUGUAGGCACAGCCAGCAGCCCUCCAGCAGUCUCCCUGGGAGCUCAUUCUGGGCACUGAGGCGACCCAGUGCUGCCAGACACAAAGCAGAGAACCAGAGGGAAAGUUCACUGAGGAUGCCUGUGUCAGCACCUAUGGAAAGAGGACACCUCAAGACCUUUUCUUCCAAGGAUUCUUCCCAAAUUGCAGAGACAGGGAACAAAGGCGAAGGAAUCCCACCUCUUCCCAGCUUUGAUGAUCAAAGGAGACACCUGUCAUCAUCAUGGGAUGACGACUCUGCAUCCCAAGCCACUCUUGCAUACCACCAUCUACAUCCUUGUCACCAGUCCCUGAGUUCACAUGCACCUGUGGCCGUGUUUUUUUUUCCAGGCCUCCCCAAGGAUCAUCAAAACAGCUGCUUAUUAUGUAGGUUCCACAUUUCUCUCCCUGGCACAUCACAUGGAGGUGUACAACUCAGCCUUCCCCUUUUGGUACCUGGUUUUGGGGUCUCUCUCCUCAGUCAUCCCUGCUGGAGGCGCACUAUGGUGUCACCAGCCACCCCUCCACUUGUAAGACUUCUGUUUCUUUACUUCCCCAGUGGACCAGAGCAUUUCAGCAGCAGCUCAUAUGGAUACAGGAUGUCCACUAAGCUUACCAACACUGCUCAUCAUCCCACAGUGCCUCCUUUCCCUCCCAUUGCAGUAAUCCCUCUCACGAGGAGCAGUAAAGGAACAGAACAGAGCAAGAUGAAAUAGAACAGAGUAAGGCAGGAUGGAGACAUGUUUGAGUGGAGCUGUUUGAUCACAAGUUUCAUCUGUAUCUGGACAAAUAAAAAGUUAUAGAGGCAACCAGAAACAACUGGCAGAGCUGUAUGAAGACUGCAGUUUCCAUAGUCUGAGACCCACCUCCUGGAACUGGAGCACAAAGUGCUGCUGUAAAUUACCCAGACUCUGAAGAAGCAAGUGAACCAAAAGACCCCUGACAAAGUUAUUUACUAACAACUCUAAGAGGAGUGGUUACUGCACCUGAGGUAUUGCCAAAAGAGAGACCAGCUGAACCAUUUGCCUUGUGCAUAAUUGCUAGUAAUAGAGAACCUAAGUCAAAGACAAUCCUCAGUGACAACUGGGUUGCAAUUAAAACUCCAUAUGAAGUCUAAGUUAGAAAGAAGCCGAGCUUUGGAGUACCCAAGUCAGACCUGUAAGUCCAACAGUCAGCGAAGUACCCAGAAGCAGCCCCCACCACAUCCAUCAAACCUGUUAUUACUGGUAAAAAACACAGCACAUACUACAAACUAAAAACUUGGUGAUAGCAGCAGAGACUUGCUCCCUUUAUCCUGCCCAAUGCCCCCACUGUGAAAAUGAAUCAUUUUAUCUGAUACAGGACAAGUACAACAUCACAACAAUUCAGUGCAACUGCUAAAAGCUGGAGCAGCUACAAUGCAAACAACCCACACUUCUCGUGAUCAGUCCGCCAACUCUACGGAACAGCACAAUCCUGGAUGGCAGCCCUUCCGUUUCCUCCCACAGGUUUUAUUCUCUGGAAAUAAAAAAUAAAAUCCCUUCGAGAACUGACACACAGGGCAAAGGAGUUGAGGCUUUACUAGCGAAAUAUCAGGACAAAACCACAUGAACAAAACUGUCUCAGAAAGCACCUAUAAAUAUGCCUUUAAUAGAGUGUGACCAUGUCUGGCAGAAAUCAUGUAGCUCUGCCCAGAGGCUCCAAGCACUGCCACAAACCACCAGCAGGUAUCAAAACAGCCUCAAAUCUUGUCAGCUGCCUUCCCUGGCAUGGGCACAGUCUCACCAGCAGUCCACAUGCUGGAUUCACUCCCUUGAGUCAACACUGCCAGAAGGAGCACAUUUCUUCCGCAGGAGAAAUCAACUCCAUUUCUAACAGGCAUUCCUCUGGAGGAAAAGCACGUACCUUUGACGGCCACCUCAGGAAGAGUUCAAAUACAUGUAUAUGCAGCUGACUAGAGUUUCUCUCAGAGACAACCAUUCUGAGUAAGUGUUAUAUGCUGGGUUAUACCGCAUAGGAGGGGCCAGACUGUGUCCCGCUCACAGGACAUCAUCACAGAUGUUCAGCCCCAAGAACACUUCCACAGCCAGCACUGAGGUUACAGGACCCCACAUCCAGGUGCUUUGGGUCUUGGGCAACAAAUGCUAGAGCACUGCAAGAACCAUCUUCUCUUUCUUCUUCCUCUUCUUCUUCUUCUCCUCAAAACG